AUGGCAAAUGAAAUUCUUCCUAUAAUACUACAAGAGCAUUGUCAGCUUCUAGAACUUGGUGUUAAUCCAACUAAUAUAUCAUUCAAUUGGUUAACUAUGGAAUCCGAUCGUUUUAUUACUGUACGUGAAUCAAAUGGGCAACAAAACCACGUUGUGAUUAUUGAUCUAAAUGAUACUCAAAAUGUUUUGAGGCGACCGAUUGCUGCCGAUUCUACUAUAAUGCAUCCUAAAACAAAAAUUCUUGCACUGAAAGCUCAACGGUCAUUACAAAUAUUUAACCUUGAUGCAAAAGCCAAAAUCAAAUCUCAUGCAAUGAAUGAAGAUGUUGUCUUUUGGAAAUGGGUUAACGACAAAGCAAUUGGACUUGUCACUCAGACAUCUGUUUACCAUUGGUCAUUAGAGGGUGAAUCAAAUCCAGUUAAAAUUUUUGAUCGACACGCUAAUCUUAAUGAUACACAAAUCAUUAAUUACCGUGAAGGAAAUGUUGUUGGUUAUAUUCAAUUAUAUUCUAAAGAUCGUCAGGUCAGUCAGUCUUUUGAAGGUCAUGCAGCUGCAUUUGCAACUAUAAAAUUGCCAUAUGGCAAAUCACCUACAAGUCUGUUUACCUUUUCUGUUCGUAAUUCUCAAGGAGCAAAGUUACAUAUUGCAGAAAUUGAUCACAAAGAUGAAAAUCCUCCAUUUCAAAGAAAAUCUGUUGAUAUUUAUUUUCCAGCUGAGGCUGACAAAGAUUUUCCUGUUUCUAUGCAAAUUAGUAAAAAACAUGGUAUUAUAUUUUUAGUUACAAAAUUAGGCUAUAUUCACCUUUAUGAUUUGGAGACUGGUACCCGUUUUUUCAUGAAUAGAAUAAGUGCUGAAACUAUUUUUGUCACUGCGGAGCAUGAAGCAACUAGUGGUAUUAUUGGCGUUAAUAGAAAAGGACAAGUUUUAUCUGUGUCUAUUGACGAAACAAAAAUCAUUCCUUAUAUUAAGGAUUUGUACCAGGAUAAUCCUGAUUUUGCUAUCAAUAUAGCAACAAGAUCUAAUUUGGGAGGCGCUGAAGAUAUAAUUUUACGAAAGUUUACUGGCCUAUAUUCAUCAGGGAAUUAUACCGAAGCUGCAAUACUUGCUGCUAAUUCACCACUUAGAACAAUAGAUCUUUUAAAAGCUAUUGUUAAUGUUGCUCCUGGUGAACCGUUACCAUUUGAACAGUACUUCACUAUUCUGUUAGAGAAAGGCAAUCUUAACCAGCAAGAAUCAUUGGAACUAGCGCGGCUUGUUAUGACACAAAAUAAAAGAGAACUAUUAGAAAAAUGGUUGAGAGAAGAUAAGAUUCAUUGUAGUGAAGAACUUGGUGAUUAUGUGCGACCAUUUGAUAUAACACUAGCUUUAUCUAUAUAUCUUCGUGCCAAUGCUCCUAUUAAGGUCAUUGAAUGUUUCGUUGAAAAAGGCGAAUUUUCCAAAAUAACUGUUUAUGCAAAAAAAGUCGGAUUCCAGCCAGAUUAUUCUUCUCUUCUUCAAAAAAUUAUGAGAGUUAAUCCUGAUAAAGAUGUAUUUAUGUCGCAAAACAUGAUUCAACAAUCAACAUCAUUCCUUCUUGAUGCUUUAAAAGAUAACAAACCAGAACAUGGACAUCUUCAAACUCGUUUACUUGAAAUGAAUUUAUUGCAUGCUCCUCAAGUAGCAGAUGCAAUUCUUGGCAAUAAUAUGUUUACUCAUUAUGAUAAACCUACUAUUGCACAUUUAUGUGAAAAAGCUGGAUUAUUUCAAAGAGCUUUAGAACAUUACGAUGAUUCCAAUGAUAUUAAACGUAUAGUUGUACACGCUCAUGCUUUACCCCCUGAUUUUGUUGUCCAAUAUUUUGGAAAUCUUUCGGUUGAUAAUUCACUUGAUUGUUUAAAAGAAAUGCUCAAAGUUAAUAUUAGACAGAAUUUACAAGUAGUAAUACAAAUCGCUACAAAAUAUUCAGAGCAAUUACAACCAUUAAAUCUAGUUCAAUUAUUUGAAUCUUUUAAAUCAUACGAAGGUCUGUAUUAUUAUCUUGGCUCAAUUGUUAACCUCAGCACUGACCCCGAUGUGCAUUUCAAAUUCAUCCAGGCAGCUGUUAAAAUAGGACAAACUAAAGAAGUUGAAAGAAUAUGUCGUGAAAGCCAAUAUUAUGAUCCUGAAAAAGUUAAAAAUUUUUUAAAAGAAGCAAAACUUCAAGACCAGCUUCCAUUAAUUAUUGUUUGUGACCGGUUUGAUUUUGUACAUGAUUUAGUUUUAUAUUUGUAUCAGCAAAAUUUAACUAAAUACAUUGAAGUAUAUGUUCAGAAAGUUAAUUCUGCUCGUACCCCAGCUGUUAUUGGUGCUUUAUUGGAUGUUGAUUGUGAUGAAAUUAUCAUUAAAAACUUAUUGAUGUCAGUUACUGGAUCUGUUCCCGUUGAUCAACUUGUUCAAGAAGUUGAAAAAAGAAACCGUCUUAAAUUAAUAUUACCGUGGUUGCAAUUGCGUGCUAGCGAAGGAAAUCAAGAUCCCGAACUAUACAAUGCUUUGGCUAAAAUUCGUAUAGAUAGUAAUACUGACCCAGAAACUUUUCUUAGGGAGAAUACAUAUUACGAUUCCAUGACUGUAGGAAAAUAUUGUGAAAAACGGGAUCCUCAUCUUGCCUUUAUUGCUUAUCAACGUGGACAAUGUGAUCUUGAACUUGUAAAGAUAACAAACGAAAAUGCUAUGUUUAAACAUCAAGCUCGCUAUUUGGUAAAACGUCGUGAUCCUCAACUUUGGGCACAUGUGUUAAAAAAGGAUAACAUGUAUCAUAAGAGUUUAAUUGAACAGGUUAAUGCUAUAGCUUUACCAGAAACUACAGAUCCAGAAGAUGUUUCUGUCACAGUGAAAGCUUUUAUGGCAGCAGAUUUACCAUUGGAACUUAUUGGAUUAUUAGAAAAACUUAUUUUUGAAAAUACAGCGUUUAGUGAUCAGAAAACACUUCAAAAUUUACUUAUUCUUACAGCCAUCAGGGCAGACAAAGCUAAAGUAAUGGACUUUAUAAAUAAACUCAAUAAUUUUGAUGCACCUGAAGUUGCAGAUAUUGCUAUAAAAACUAAUUUAUAUGAAGAGGCAUUUGCAAUUUACAAGAAAUACAAUGAACAUACAAGUGCUAUAAAUGUUUUAGUUGAACAUAUUGCUAGUCUUGAUCGUGCAGCAGAAUUUGCUGAAAAAUGUAAUAUCCCUGAAGUUUGGAGUCGAUUGGCUAAAGCACAAAUCACUGGUUUAAGAAUUAAAGAUUCGAUUGACUCAUAUAUUCGUGCCGAUGAUCCUAGUAAUUUUUCAGAAGUUAUCAGUAUAUCAUCACGAGCUGAAAAAUAUGAAGAUCUUGUACGAUACUUGCAAAUGUGUCGUAAAAAGCUACGUGAACCUUUGGUUGAUAAUGAGCUUCUUUUUGCGUAUGCCAAGACUGAAAAAUUCCAUGACCUUGAGGAAUUUUUGAAUAGACCAAAUGUUGCGCAAAUUCAAAUUGUUGGUGAACGUUGUUAUGAAGAUGGUCUUUAUGAAUCUGCCAAAAUUUUAUUCCAGAGUAUUUCAAAUUGGGCAAGGUUAGCUUCUACGCUCGUUCAUUUGGGUGAAUAUCAAGCAGCUGUUGAUGGUGCUAGAAAAGCCAGUAAUACUAAGGUUUGGAAAGAUGUACAUAAUGCUUGUGUUCAACAUAAAGAGUUUCGUUUAGCACAUAUUUGUGGUCUUAACCUUAUUGUUCAUGCCGAAGAGUUACAAAAUGUGACUAGGUUGUAUGAAAAUAAUGGUUAUAUAGAUGAAUUAUUAUCACUUUUAGAAGCAGGGUCUGGCCUUGAAAGAGCACAUAUGGGAAUGUUUACUGAAUUAUCCAUUUUGUAUACUAAAUAUCGACCUGAUAAAACAUAUGAACAUUUACGAAUUUUCUGGUCACGACUUAAUAUUCCUAAAGUGAUUCGUGCUUGUGAUGAGGCUCAUCAAUGGAAAGAAUUGGUUUUUUUAUAUGAACAUUAUGAUGAAUUUGAUAACGCUGCCCUUGUAAUGAUUCAACACGCAGCUGAUGCUUGGGAACAUUCACGAUUCAAAGAUAUAUUAGUUAAAGUUAGCAACGUUGAAAUUUAUUAUAAGGCUUUAAAAUUUUAUCUGGAUGAACAUCCUCUUUUACUUAAUGAUCUUCUUGGUGCAUUAACUCCAAGAAUUGAUCACACAAGAGUUGUACAAAUGUUCCAAAAAUCUGACAACAUUCCAUUGAUAAGAUCAUACUUAAUAUCAGUACAAGAAACAAACAAUGAAGCAGUUAAUAAUGCAUAUAAUGAUAUAUUGAUUGAAGAGGAGGAUUAUAAAGCAUUGAGAGAUUCAAUUGAUAGUUUUAAUAAUUUUGAUAAUAUCAAAUUAGCACAACGACUUGAAAAACAUAGUCUUCUUGAAUUCCGUAGAAUUGCAGCACAUCUCUACAAAAAGAAUAAACGUUGGUCACAAUCAAUUGCGUUGUCUAAAGAGGAUAGACUUUUCAAAGAUGCGAUUGAAACAGCCAGUGAAUCACGUUCAAUUGAAGUAGCAGAAGAACUUUUAGAAUACUUUGUGCAAAUAGGAAACAAAGAAUGUUUCACUUCUUGUUUAUUUGUUUGUUAUGAUUUUGUUAGACCAGAUAUUGUAUUGGAGUUAGCAUGGAGACAUGGUCUUAAUGACUUUGCUAUGCCAUAUUUGAUCCAAGUUUUACGCGAAUUCUCUCUUAAGGUUGAUUCAUUAGAAAAGGCAAAUGCUGAAAGAUCAGCAAAAGAACAAGAGCAAACACCAAUUAUAGGUUUGGGAAAUCAACGUUUACUUACUCAAUGGACAUAA